AGGAGCCUACUCGUACUACUUAAACCUCCCAACCCACACUUCACAUGGAGCAGAAGAAGCAGUGUGUUCUGUUCUCACUUCUCGUUCAAUAAUACUCUUUACUCCCAAACACCAUGAACACCAAACGCAUGUCCACCCACUUCCUCCUCCCCCAACUCUUCCUCACCUUCCUCUUCUUCCUCCUCUUCCACCCAAUCCCCACCGUCGGAUCCCCAUCCAACGACACGGAAUUCAUCCGUACAAGCUGCGGCACUACUCUGUACCCUGACCUCUGCUACACCUCCCUUUCCCGCUUUGCCAGCGCCGUUCAAGACAACCCGGCUCAGCUCGCCAAGUUCGCCAUCGGCGUCAGCCUCGCCCAGGCACGCAGCAUGGCCGCCUACGUCUCGAACAUCUCCCGUCAAGCCGACUACGGUGCCGACUCGCGCGCCGCCUCCGCCCUCCACGACUGCUUCUCCAACUUCGGCGACGCUGUCGACGAGAUUCGUGGCUCCCUCAAGCAGAUGCGCCAGCUCAUUGCCACCGCAGUCUCCGGCGGUGGGUCGUCGUCGUUCCGGUUCCAGAUGAGCAACGUCCAGACGUGGAUGAGCGCCGCGCUUACCGACGAGGAGACCUGCACGGACGGGUUUGAUGACGUGGAGGAUGGCCCUCUCAAGACCGACGUGUCGAACCGGGUGGAGAAUGUGAAGAAGGUUACCAGCAAUGCCCUCGCUCUCGUUAAUAGGGUUGCUGAGAAGGGCGCGCCCUGAUAAAAAAACGAGCCUCCAUCUCUGGUUUUAGUAGUUUUGUUUAUUAGUGAUGAGUUAACUAAUGAAGAUUAGUAGAGGUUUAAACCACAUAUUACCCUCUGUCUGUAUGUAUUUACAUGCUUAACUGUGUCGCUCAGUGGGAACAACACAAACUUUAGUUAAUUUCUGUUACUUUUUGUAUAUUUGGACCCUGUCUUCUUCUGGGUUUGUUAAUGUUUUUGUAAUA